UUUAAUAUAUUGAUUAAUUGAAUUAAAUUAGAUGAAUCGAACAAUUUUGAGAUUGGAAUGAAUUUUACUAAAUGAAGGCACGCUCCUUAGCCUCUUCAUAAAAACAUGUAAGACAAAUGCUCGGCACGCCUUCGAAAGUCUUCAGAAUGCUACAGCCUUUGCCUUAAGGACUUCUUGUUUUUGGCCAAUUUAGCCUUUAGGUCCUCACUUAAGGUGGUUUUAAGGGUUUUUGCUCCAACUAAGAUUUGCCAACUCUUAGACGUCUCCACUUCAUAAAAAAUUGAGACGUUUAGAGUAACUUCUGGAAGCAACGACAACAUUUUCAAUUUCUCAUUCUUUUUGAGCAAGCAAAACAUAAGAAUAUUCUCCUAUUAUAUUCCUAUUUCCCAUUCCCACCACUCUCUUUAAAUUUUUAAACCCGAUUGGUUUUUACCCCAUUCAUUUUACACUUGAUUUCAAGAUCUUUGUACUAAGCUGCUAAGUUCUUAUAUAUAGCAACAAGUUAUAAUGACUUCAUCUAUCCACAUAAUGUUGUAAUCUCCACCGCUAUAACACUGUCUGAAACUGAAAAUAUAAACCAUAUUUUCAUUGUAAAACCCCAUCAAAGGCAUCAACAACACAGAAAUACAGAGGCUGAGAUGGGUAGCUUGGAAGAGGAAGAGCUCGUACAAAUGGUUCAGGACUUCAUAGAAUCAGAAUCAUCUUCACCCAUGUUUCCUUCUCUCUCAAACCGCCAGCGUCCUUCUUUUAACCAUCUAACUGAACUUUCUGCUUUACAGGGGAUUCUUAGGUGUACUGGAACGGAAGCUGAGAGGGAGGUUCUUGAGAUUGUGUUGAAGCAUAUUAGAAGCAAAUGGGAUGUCCAUAAAACUAUUGGUUUGAAGAAGUGGGUUGCCAUGAUGCUCAAAAUGAAUGGCUUUGAUGCUUCUUUAUGUCAAACUUCUUGGGUUACUUCCUCAGGCUGUCCUGCUGGUGAUUAUGAAUAUGUUGACGUUGUAAUGGGGAAUGAGAAUGGUGAUACAAUGAGGCUCCUAGUAGACAUAGACUUCAAGUCGCAAUUUGAACUUGCAAGACCUACACCAACCUACAAACAGUUGACAGAUGCUCUCCCAUCCAUCUUUGUAGGAACUGAGGAAAAGCUCAAAAAGAUUAUCUCAGUGCUUUGCUCAGCAGCCAAACAAUCCAUUAGAGAGGCAGGACUCCAUGUACCACCAUGGAGGACCACCACCUACAUGCAGUCCAAAUGGCUCUCUGCCUGUCGUAAAGUUGCUGCAAUGAAUAUUGCUGGUUUUGGCGGAGAAAAUAGUGAAGUAAAACCAAAAGGUGGAGCACAUAGUUUUAGCAAAUGGGUACCUCCAAUGGUAAAGCCUAAGAGAAGGGAUUUGGGUGGGGGUGGGUCUGCCCUGUCUAGUCAGUUUUCUGACAUGGGCAUAAAUUGUUGCUAAGAGAUAUAUAUUGCAGAUUGCUUCAGGUUUCUAAUUGUUAGCAGAGAGAUUCUCCAAUAAUUUUGGUCAUCUAAUUCCCGAGUGUACUCUUAUUUUAUGUAAGAAUUGGAUCUUUUUUUUUUUUUUUGUACUACUAAAG